CCAGCACAAAACACAUUUACACACACUUCAUUUAAUUUAUUUCUCCUUUCUCUCUUUUUCUCAAAGGCUUUCUGUUACUACAAACAGAAAAACGAACCCUCCUCAUUCAUCCUUCUUCACACUUUCUCUCUCUAAAACCGUAUCAUCAUCACUCUUUCUCUCUCUACAACCGACAUUGCCAUUUUCUUCAUCUUCUCUGAAUCGAUCUCGUGUUAUUGCUUUAAUCUCCGGUUGUAGUUCCGACGAUGGGACAACAAUCGUUGAUCUACAGCUUCGUCGCUCGCGGCAGUGUUAUCAUCGCGGAAUAUACUGAGUUCACCGGUAACUUCACAGGCGUGGCGGCGCAGUGUCUCCAGAAACUGCCUUCGUCCAACAACAAGUUCACUUACAACUGCGAUGGACAUACGUUUAACUACCUCGUUGAUAGUGGACUCACUUACUGUGUUGUUGCUGUUGAGUCUGCUGGACGGCAGACUCCAAUUGCUUUCCUUGAACGCAUUAAGGAGGAAUUUACCAAGAAAUAUGCUGGAGGAAAAGCUGAAAGUGCAGCUGCCAAGAGUCUGAAUAGAGAGUUUGGACCUAAGUUAAAGGAACAGAUGCAGUACUGUGUUGAUCACCCAGAGGAGAUUAACAAGCUUUCUAAAGUGAAGGCUCAGGUUUCAGAGGUCAAAGGAGUAAUGAUGGAAAAUAUUGAGAAGGUUCUGGACCGGGGGGAGAAAAUUGAGCUUUUAGUUGACAAGACAGAGAACCUUCACUCUCAGGCGCAAGAUUUCCGGCAACAGGGAACCAAGAUAAGGAGAAAGAUGUGGUUCCAAAAUAUGAAGAUAAAGCUAAUAGUUCUUGGUAUCAUAAUUGCCAUAAUUCUCAUUAUUGUUCUUUCAGUCUGUGGUGGCUUCAACUGUUCUAAAUGAGUCUUUCCAUUAUGGCUCCAACUGUGUCAAAGUGUCUCCUCACUCGAAAAGAUUUUUGCUAGCUGAUUAUCAUUGCCUCUACUGUCCACGCAGUGCUUUUGGCUUUUGGGAUUUACAUUCUUCCUACAUAUAUUAUAGUCAUCAGUAUUAUAUGACAUUGCUUGUAUAGUGUGCAAUGCUUUAUUAGUCUUCACUUCACCAUUUUGUCUCCCAUAGUGUAGUGCUAAUCUGUUCUUCUCUAUAUUAUUUAGGUGGGAGUUUGUUUCAUUGUGUGAGGAUUAUGAUGUUUUCUCUAUUAGAAACCAGCCAUUUCAUAGUUAAGUUUCAUAUUAUCUA